CCAACUUGCAGAGUGCAGCUCAGCCUCGGCAGCGGCUGCUUCCCACUGGGGGUCUUUCGGAGAGCAUCGCACUCCCAUGUGCGCUGCCGUGCCCGCUGGAUGUUGAGAUCGCGCCGUGCGCCUCGCCAGGAGCCACCAUGUCCAACCCGCCCCAGGACCCGUUCUACUCGUCUCCGUUCGGACCCUUCUACCGGAGACACUCGCCCUACAUGGUCCAGCCCGAGUAUCGGAUCUACGAGAUGAACAAGCGGCUGCAGGCGCGCACAGAGGAAAGUGACAGUUUGUGGUGGGACGCUUUCGCCACCGAGUUCUUUGAGGAGGACGCGACGCUCACGCUCUCCUUCUGCCUGGAAGAUGGACCAAAGAGAUACACGAUCGGCCGGACGCUGAUCCCACGAUACUUCAGCACGGUGUUCGAGGGAGGGGUCAGCGAGCUCCACUACAUCCUCAAACACUCCAAGGAGUCCUUCCACAACUCCUGCAUCACCCUGGACUGUGAUCAGUGCACCAUGGUCACCCAGCACGGGAAGCCAAUGUUUACAAAGGUUUGCACGGAGGGCCGGAUGAUACUGGAGUUUGCCUUUGACGAUCUGAUGAGGAUCAAGACGUGGCACUUUACCAUCCGGCAGUACCGGGAGCUCAUCCCUCGCAGCAUCCUGGCCAUGCACGCACAAGACCCUCAGGUGCUGGAACAACUGUCCAAAAACAUCACUCGCAUGGGUUUGACCAACUUCACCCUCAACUACCUCAGGUUGUGUGUCAUCCUGGAGCCCAUGCAGGAGCUCAUGUCAAGGCACAAGACCUACAACCUCAGCCCCCGGGACUGUCUCAAGACCUGCUUAUUCCAAAAAUGGCAGAGAAUGGUCGCCCCACCAGCUCCGGUUACAGCUGGACACCCACAGAACUUCAAAACGGAAAUAUUUCCCACAAAUCACAAAAAAGGUCGCGCCAAGGCUGAGCCGGCCCGACAGACGACCACGAAGAGGAGGAAACGGAAGAACUCGGCGAGCAGCGCCAACAGCAGCGUGGGCACCACCGCCAGCAAGAAACGCAGCCCGGCCACCAACUUCAGCCUCUCCAGUCAGGUACCUGACGUGAUGGUGGUGGGCGAGCCGACCCUGAUGGGCGGCGAGUUCGGGGACGAGGAUGAGCGUCUGAUCACCCGUCUGGAGAACACGCAGUACGACGCCACCAACGGCCUGGACGACGAGGACGACUUCAACGGCUCCCCGGCUCUCGGCAACAACGGCCCCUGGGGCAGCAAACCCCCCGCCUCCCAGGACAGCAAGCCCGAGAGCACGGCGCCGCAGCCCUCCCAGUAAAACCAGAGAAGAAGAAAGCAACAGAUGGACUUUUUAAACCUACUCCCCCUUUCCCCUUUGGGCAGUGCUUCUACACGCCUCACAACAUUUUACAGAAUCAAACCCCCAACCCUCCCCCUGUCUGGGAACUCAAAAAUCUGUCCAUCCCGGAUAUUUUCUUCUUCUAUGAAUCACCUGGGAGCGCACGGAGAACUGGCAGCGUUGCGCAGCAGAAUCCACAGACAUGAAAUGCAUACAGAGAAACUCAAAAAUAUCAAAAAAUACAUUUUGUGUCUCGAGAAUGCAGUGGAAAAUUCCAGAUCAAAUCCCCCCCCCGCUCCAAGCCUCUCGUCUAGUGGAAUACCACGGCUGUGAUUGGUUGACCCGCAGGUCGCAAGUCAUCACGCCGUCAAUAGACAGUGAAAAGAAAAGAAGAGGAGUAAAGAACAACAAACAAAAUGUCUCAACAACAAAAAAAAAAAGAAAGAAGACAUAGAGAGCUCAACGUGAAGAAGGUGUUUUUUUAACCAGAGCCGAUGGAGGCGUCUCUCACCAAGAGCCAAACACUGUCUGAGGCAAAUUAGCUUUUCUCAUUGAGAAAUCCACGCGGCUGUUUGGUUUGUUUCUGCUGCUGCUGUUUAUUUCCAUUUCCAAUUAAGAGGAAAUAAAAAAAGUUCUCACGUCCCGGGAUUGUUUCGUCUCCACUCUGCUGCGGUGGUCACAGAUUGUGAUUUCAUGCAAACCAGUUUGAUUGUGUUCGUAGUCUAUUGGUAUUUUUGCUUCUCUCAGAAUCCUUUGCAAUCACGUUGUAAUUUUUGCCGAUCAGUAUGUGAACUUUGCCGACACGCGUUGAUGCAUUAAUGUUGAUAUUAUUUUGUUUUGUCUCUCUCUCUCUCUCUUCCCUCCCCCCCUCCCCUCCUCCAAAAUUGGACUUGGUUCCCUUUAACGACCAACUCCCAAACUGAUACUAAAGCCUUUUUCCUGCAUGAUUUUAUAGGAUUUUUAUUUUGUUUAUAUAUAUGUACUUUUAAAAAAAAUGCAUCAGUCUGAUUUUCCUUUUUGUUGGGUUCAUCGGUUUGGGAACACUGUUACAAUGGUUUGUAGCUCUGUAAAUAGAAGUGGAGUCUCUUUCGUCCACUGUAAAUCAGCCCCCUGAAACCAGUUUGGAUAUGGCAGCUGUUUUUGUUUUUGUACAGGAGGUUCAGAUUUCUGUUGGGUGGUUUGGAUGGACGCUGGUUUGCCUCUGUCCAAAAAAAAAAGAAAACUCUUAAAUGCCCUCCCCCCCCCCGCCCCGUUCCUCUUUAGCUAGUGCAGAACCAAAGCCACAAAUUUACUAAACGACCACACAGUCACACAUUCAGGUUUUCUUGUAUAUUCUGUGACAUAAGUGAAGAAUUUUACAUUUUAAAAACAGCGCCCAGGUCAAGUCCCAUCCACCCCACAGAACUGCCCCCCCCCCCGUGUUUUGUGUUCACGACUUGUUCUUUAAUCUUUUAAUUGAAUUGAUACUAUAUCCCUGAUCUCUUUUGUUGGACUUUUGUUUGAAAAAUGGUCAAGAAAGGCAAGAGCGGACGUCUUUAUACAAUUGGAUCUUAUGGGUAUUUAUUUGUGCAUUUGUAAGGAAGCUAACACAUUUCUAAAUAUGUUUGAGCCUAGUAUUAUUAGACACCAUUUGUACAUUAUAUAGCAGAGGUGUUCAGUGUCAUAUCUGAUGUCUGGUAUGUAUGCUUUACCAUUAUGUGUGCCAAUAAACCGUGCUUACAAAAGGA